AGUUGACUCACCCAGCACAGCACGGAAAGCACAGCGUAAGCGUCCUUCUCGCCACUCCUGGCCAAAGUUGCGGGAGAGUCCUCCCGCUGUGGGUUUCCGAAAAGAAAAAGUGUGCAUGAAUCCCAUCAUACCAAACACAAUCAGGAACUCUUUCACAGCUUCUCGUGCGACAAGUUUAUUCCGCAUCACAAACAUCCAGCGUUGCUUUUCAUUCGCACCAAACAAGAUGGGUUCAACAUCCUCCGCAGGUACAGGCUUUGCACCAGACCCCCAGGGAAAAUACGAUCUCGCAACCUUUGCGGCAGGUUGCUUUUGGGGUGUUGAGAAAUCCUUUGAAAAGAAAUUUGGGCAAAAUGGCAUAGAAACGCUGGUGGGAUAUGCUGGUGGUUCGGCAGAACGUCCCACGUACAAGCAAGUGUGCAGUGGAACAACGGGUCACUCCGAGGCGCUACAGAUCAAGUAUGAUCCGACGAAGCUGUCCUAUGAAGAAUUAGUGGACUUCUUCUUCCGUAUGCACGACCCAACGACAAAGAAUCGACAAGGGGGAGACAUUGGUACGCAGUACAGGUCGGCCAUUCUGUACCAUAAUGAGCAGCAGCAGAAGAUUGCGCGAGAGCAAGUGAAAGCGGUCCAACACCAUUUUGGCAGUCACCCGGUAUCAACGACGGUAGAGCCUGUGGGGACAUUUUGGAAUGCGGAAGACUAUCAUCAGGAUUACCUGACCAAGAACCCACACGGGUAUGAGUGCCCCACCCACUUCGAGCGCACUUGGGACCGGAUCCAUGAACUAUAUGGUGGUCAAUAGACUGGAGCUACGGUCGUGAUAAAUAUUACGGGACACAAAGUGUGCUUUUUUUUGUAUACAGGAUUCUGGCAUCUGCAACUCACACAAUAAAAGUUAUCACCUUCAAAUAUACAAGUAUAUUCAUAUGUGUAUUUACAAAUUAUAUCCAGCUUUAC